AUUAUCUCCUUCUUUUCCUUUCAAUUUUUUUUCCUUUUCGAUGCAGUCUUGUCCUCUGUAUUGAAGUCUUCUCCUCUGAAUUGAAUGCCGGCUUCCCAAUUUAUUGCCCAACCUCAAAUCCCUUCCCAAACCCAAAACCAAAUCCAGCUCUCUUUCCCUUCCUCCAUCGACCGCCAAAACCACCUCUGUAAAUUCGCCGCCUCAUUCUCCGACCACCUCCGUCUCUUCGACACCAAUUCCUUCUCUCUCCGUCGCCAUCCAAUCGAUCGCCGCUCCUCUUCCGGUCGUCUCCUGCCGGCGGCCCGACACCAAUGCCAUCGUCUCUCCUCUUCAGGUCUGUAAUGGAUUAGCUGGAAAGAGGGCCACUACAAACCACAAUUGCAUAAACAGCGCGUGCCGAGCACUCCCGUUGGCACACCCGGGUGCGUUGAAUAGACUCUCGUUUUAGAUGGUUUUGAAGAAGCGUAGAGUAUCAAUUCCAUUUCCAUUACGGAUAUCUAUUCCUUCAAAUUCUAUAUGGGCGGUUGAUGUUUUCUUAAGUUGUGACCAUGAAGACAUUUUCUGCUCCCACUUGUACCUCAAGUUGCAGUCUCGAGGAAUUUGUACUUUCCAGUUCUUUGAUGCAAUCGAAGAAUCGAGGUUUGCCAUUGUUGUUCUCUCGCAAAACUAUGCUUCUUCUCCACGGCGCUUGAAUGAGCUUUCCAAAAUUCUCGAGCGCAUGAAAGAUAGGAACAGGAUUCUACCGAUAUUUCAUGAUGUGAAUCUCUUCCAUGUCCAAAAACAAAAAGGGACUUUUGAGAAAGCAUUUGCCAAGCAUGAAGAAAUGUUUCAGGAUGACUUGGCAAAGGUUGAAGCUUGGAGAGAUGCUUUAACCAAAGUAUGCAACUUUGCUGGUUGGACUUCCAAUGAUAGAAAUGAAGUACAAGUUCUAGAAGAAAUUACUGAAGCAGUCUGGAACAAAAUACAUCCUAGACCAAGACCAACCGAUUAGUUGUUUAAGAGAAUGAUCCGAGUAUCCAUUCUC